CCGCCUUGGUUGCUGGCCCGUGGGAGCAAGUAAAGCUAACCUGGGGUCUGCGGGCUUGAGCCCUCACCUGUUACCUGUCACCGUAAUUGGCCGUGGAGAUAUUUGCGAGCGCGGGCGGGAGGAAGCCCAUCCCCUAAAGAAAAGAGCGAGCGGACCGGCAGCUGAAGGGCAGAACUGGACUGUGUGGAGGGUCUCUAGAGGCCGGAGCUGGUCGGCGCCUUGCUCCGAGCCAUGGUGCAGGCGGAAUUCAGGGCGAUCCCCAGGUGAGGGCAGCGGCAUCCAACACGGAGGAUCCGGGUCGAUGCCAGGUGGGGAAGAGAAGAUGCUGUCCGCACAGCUCCCUGGGAGCACUCUGAGCGGCUGCAGCAGCCUUAACAGAAAGCUCAGUGCCCGCCGAGGAGGCGGUUCGUGCUGCUGGUAACAGCUUUCUCCGUAGCGCAGGGCUCCCCUUUCCAAGCUCUUUUGAGCUCUUUUUCCUUACUACGCGGAGCUGAUUUGUGCGAAAACAUGCCUUGCACUUGCACCUGGAGGAACUGGAGACAGUGGAUUCGACCUUUAGCUGUGGUUAUCUACCUGGUGUCCAUAGUGGUGGCGGUUCCCCUAUGCGUGUGGGAAUUACAGAAACUGGAGGUUGGGAUACACACUAAGGCUUGGUUUAUUGCUGGAAUCUUUCUGCUAUUGACUAUACCUAUAUCUCUCUGGGUGAUAUUGCAACACUUAGUGCAUUAUACGCAACCUGAACUACAGAAACCAAUAAUAAGGAUACUUUGGAUGGUACCCAUAUACAGUCUAGAUAGUUGGGUAGCCUUGAAGUAUCCCAGCAUUGCAAUCUAUGUGGAUACUUGCAGAGAAUGCUAUGAAGCUUAUGUUAUUUACAAUUUUAUGGGAUUCCUUACCAAUUAUCUCACUACUCGGUAUCCAAAUCUGGUCUUAAUCCUUGAAGCCAAAGAUCAACAGAAACAUUUCCCUCCUUUAUGUUGCUGUCCACCGUGGUCUAUGGGAGAAGUACUGCUAUUUAGAUGCAAACUGGGUGUAUUACAGUAUACGGUUGUCAGACCAUUCACCACCAUCGUUGCUUUAAUCUGUGAGCUGCUUGAUGUAUACGAUGAAGGAAACUUUAGCUUUUCAAAUGCUUGGACUUACUUGGUUAUAAUAAAUAAUAUGUCACAAUUGUUUGCCAUGUAUUGUCUGCUGCUGUUUUAUAAAGUGCUGAAGGAAGAGCUGAGUCCCAUCCAACCUGUCGGCAAAUUUCUCUGUGUAAAGCUCGUCGUUUUUGUUUCUUUUUGGCAAGCAGUAGUUAUUGCUUUGUUGGUAAAAGUUGGCGUUAUUUCUGAAAAACAUACUUGGGAAUGGCAAACUGUGGAAGCUGUGGCUACAGGACUCCAGGACUUCAUCAUCUGCAUCGAGAUGUUCCUCGCUGCUAUUGCGCAUCACUACACCUUCUCGUACAAACCCUACGUCCAGGAAGCAGAGGAAGGCUCGUGCUUUGAUUCUUUUCUUGCCAUGUGGGAUGUCUCAGAUAUUAGAGAUGAUAUUUCUGAACAAGUAAGACACGUUGGAAGGACAGUCAUGGGGCAUCCUAGGAAAAAAUUUUUCCCUGAGGAUCAAGAUCAAAACGAACAUACAAGCUUAUUAUCGUCGUCAUCACAGGAUGCCAUUUCAGUUGCUUCGUCCAUGCCAUCUUCACCCAUGGGUCACUACCAAGGAUUUGGACACACUGUGACCCCUCAGACUACCCCUACUGCAGCUAAGGUACCCGAUGAGAUGUUUAAUGACUCCACAGGAGAGAAAAAGGAACUUCCGGAUAAAUCUGUGGCCUCUUGAACUGUGUGCACAAGCAAGCUGUGCUGUUACCAUGCGAUUCCAUUACCUGGUAUCCCGUUGCUCAGGAGUUUGUGCUUGGGACAAGCCAUAAAUGAUGGAAAAUUUCAACAUGAAGAUAGGUGAAAGCCAAGUACAACUAUUGAACAUAAAUAAUUAUGUUUUAUAUGUUAGUCUAAAUUUCCUAGACUUAGUCUUUGUUUUAUAAUAGAAUAUCACAUACUCACAUGGUAGAAAAUGACUCCAAUUAAAUAUUCCUGGUGUUAACAUCGCUUCAUCAAGCAGAUGGACAUUUAAAAAAAAAAAACCAAGCUUUCUACCACUGCUGCAUGAAUUCAGUGCUUUGGAAUAACAGAAAGCAUAAUUCCCAAACAUGAGUUAGUGGGACUUCAUCAUGUGCCAUAUAAGCUAACAAUUAUUUCUCUACUUCUCAACUGGAUGUCUUUCAAUAAAUAAGAAUUUAUCAUUUA